AUGACCGACUCCAAAAACACAUCUACCCAGGACGUGCUCACUUCCAUAGCUGCCAACGGCGCCCUCUUUGGCACGUUCAUUGCUAUCUUUAUCACGUUCAGACUCAAGUUCAGCAGGAUAUACCAGCCCAAAUCCGAUCCGUUGGUGAAUACCACGUUGCGACCGACCCCACUGCCGAGAGACCCGAUCACGUGGCUUUGGGUGCUGUUGAGGAAACCACCCAAGUUUGUGAUAGAGCAGGCCGGGCUGGAUGGCUACUUUUUUCUGCGGUUCCUGACUAUGGUGGGAUUUGUCAGUGCUGGUGGAAUGCUCAUGAUGAUUGUUUUGUUUCCGGUUAACGCUAUUCAUGGAAAACUGUCGCAUGGCCUGGAUCAGCUUUCCAUCUCCAAUGUCAAAGGUACUGACAAGUACUACGCCCAUGUGUUCAUGUCCUGGUUUUUCUACGGGUCUGUUCUGUUUGUGAUAUUCAGGGAGAUGUACUUUUACAACUCGUUAAGACAGGCUGCACUGGCCUCCCCUCAUUAUGCGAAAAAAUUGAGUUCCAGAACUGUCAUCUUCCAGACCGUGCCCGAGCAAUAUCUCGAUGAGAGGGAGUUUUUCAAGUUAUUUGACGGUGUUAAGACGGUCUGGAUUGCGCGAGGUCAGCGGAGAUUGGCUGGAAAGGUCAAGAGACGCCAGAUGCUCGCAAUGCAACUGGAAACCGCUUUAACCAAGCUGUUGCUGAGAGCCAUGAAAGCCAAGAUCAAAGCCGAGAAGAAGCAGGAACCAAUAGACCCCUCGAGCCAGAUGAUUGACUAUGUUCCCACAAAGAAAAGACCGACAUUCCGCCUGCUUCCCCUCUUUGGUCACAAGUACGACACGAUAGAGUACUGCAAGGAGGAGAUCCCAAAGAUCGAUAAGGAGAUCAAGGAAUUGCAGGCCAAGUUUAGAUCAGCCAGACCUAUGAACUCCGUAACUGUGGAAUUCACCAACCAAUACUAUGCCCAAGUUGCCUUCCAGACUUGUGGAAACCAUACUCCAUUGCACCUGGAAGCCAAGUAUAUUGGUGUUGAACCGGCAGAUAUCUUUUGGCCGAACAUGAGACUGUUCUGGUGGGAAAGGAUGGUGAGAUCUGUCUUAGCUGGGUCAGCCAUCAUUGUGCUGAUCUUGACAUGGUCGAUUCCAACCGCUUUUAUUGGUGUGAUCUCUAAUCUGACUUAUUUGACAAAUAAACUGCAUUUCUUGCGGUUUGUCUACAAUCUGCCCGAUGAUCUUCUUGGACUUAUUACUUCUCUUCUUCCCACGGUCUUACUUGCCCUCUUGAUGCUUCUCUUGCCAAUUUUCAUCAGGACUAUGGCAAAGAUAGCUGGAAGAGCCACCACCCAGUCCAUCGAAUACUAUACACAGAGCGCAUAUUUUGCAUUCCAACUGAUUCAGGUGUUUCUAGUGACCGCGUUGUCAUCAUCAGCAGCAGCUACAGUCACCCAAAUCGUGGACGAUCCGGGAAAUGCAAUGGAGUUGCUUGCCUCAAACCUUCCAAAAUCCUCAAACUUCUACAUAUCUUACCUGGUGCUCCAAGGUUUUUCCAUCGCAGGUGGUGCCCUAGUUCAGAUUGUUGGUUUCGUCAUGUUUUACAUCAUGGGCUUCCUGGCGGACAUAACGGCUAGACAGAAAUGGACCAGAUACACUGCGUUAGGUGGUUAUGCUUGGGGAACCAUGUAUCCUGUCUACGCAAACCUUUUUGCGAUCUCAUUGGCCUAUGCUGUCAUCUCCCCAAUGAUGAUGCUGUUUUCAUUCGCGGGUUUUGCCUUCCUCUACGUUGCCUAUCUCCAUAAUCUCACUUACGUCUCCGGCCAAUCCGCGGAUAAUAGAGGUGCUUACUAUCCAAGGGCUCUUCGCCAAAGCAUAGUUGGUUUGUAUCUUGGAGAGAUUUGUCUCACGGGUAUAUUUGCCGUUGGUAAGUCGUGGGGUUGUGUGGUUCUGGAGCUAAUCAUGUUGGGGUUCACGGUGUUCGUACACGUUCAAAUCGACAAGUCGUUCGACGGACAACUCAAUCUUUUGCCCACUGAUUGUAUGAGGCCAUUGGACGGUUUUAGCUCAACUGUAUCGUAUCAACCUCUGAAUCAACGUGCUCUUUUCGAGACAGACCGUGCAUUCGAAGAGUACUCUGUCAAGAUGGAAAAUGGGCUGGGUGUUCGUCUUCUGGCAGACGAUUACGAGGAAGAAACCCGGGACGUACAUGGAAAUGCUUUACAGAGGUAUCUGCAACCCUGGAAAUUCUAUUCUUUCAACCAAGUGAGGCACUAUCUUCCCGGUAGCUACUGGCAUAUUCCAGAAUCUGAUCCCGAUGCUGACGAGUAUGCGUAUGAUUAUCCGGACGUUUCUGCCAAAUCUCCAACCGUGUGGAUCCCCAGAGAUCCCAUGGGCCUGAGCAGGGUUGAAAUUGAGAAUUUAAAAGGCGUCAUUGAGGUGAGUGAUGAAAAUGCCAUAUUCGAUAAUCGUGGGAGAGUCGUCUGGCUGGCUGGACCUCCUGCUGGAAAUCAAACUUCAGAUAACACUCCUGCUGAGAAAAAUGUUUCAGACACCAUAGACUCUAAUCGAGAGACUGUCUUCAAAAUGGAGACUGAUACUAGUCUCUGA